UUGUCAUAUCAACAUAGUGCAGUUCAAGAUCGUUCGACGUAUCGACUGAAAACUAACAAUUCAAAUACCGUAUCUGUUGUUGCAGACAUGACUUACGCUUCUCAGAAUGUGAUGCCUUUUGUAAGUGAACUUAGAGCGACGGGACAUGGAGAAGUUUGGGAUCACACAGAUGAAAAAAAGUUACAACAGUUUGGUUGGAGAUGCACAAAUACAGAGAGCUCGUAUAACACAAGCACUCUAAUAGGAAACUGGAAUGAACAACGAUUUGAUAUAAACAGGAUUUCAAAACCAAAACCUAUUCCUUCACAGGUAAGAUACAUGUUAUAGAUGUAGACACGUUAACAUAUUUGUAUGGACCAUAAAAUAAUGUACAGAAUCAGCUUAAUUUAUUCUGGCGGCACAAUGAAAAGACCUCUCACAAGAAUUUUUUAUUUAAUUUUCCAGUAUAAUCAUUACUUUGAGACAACUUACGGUUCUGGAUACAAUACAGUCGACACCAAUAAAGUACCGGAAUCCUUGAAGCAUCUUGAAGGUAAGUAAAAGUUUUUGUUUAUGUUAUGCCUCAAUACAAUUCUAUUGCGUGACAAAAUAAUAGUGGAUUGUGUUACAAAUACCGCGACCCGCGCUUUGUCCUUUUGUUGUCUAGUGGGCUGAUGAUGGCUUUAAAUCAAACCGAAAUACUUUCACUUACCCGCCAACCUUUACCUACCAUUUGGGAUUUUUUUUUUCAAAUGACAUAAAAAUAAAACACGCAAAGCCUUCUUAUCUUUGUUCUGAGGUAACCAACCAGUGUAUUUGAAUCCGCAACAACAUAAGCAACUGAGAAAUGGCAGUGCUGCUGGAUGAAGUAUCACCUGACUAACAAACCUGAGGCUGGCUAUGCGCUCAUUUAACCCCCUUUCUGUUAGCGCUUCCUUUUACUGGUAUUUAAAUCUACUAGAAGCUCCAUGGAAAGGAAAGAAGUUGUAAUAAGGAUUUUUGGUUACACCUCAGGACGGAACUUGGGGCCUCCCACAUGGAAGGCUAUGCACUAACCAACUGUGCUUAUCCUUCCUAAUCAUGUGUUGCACUUAUUUCAUUGUCACAUUCAAAACAAAUUCUUGAUCAACUGGUUCAAAUUUAAUUCAAAUUCAUGAUCAAAUGAAUAUUUAAAAAAAAUUAUUUAAUUGUUUUUGCAUUUUAGCAAGGGAGCCAACUGCAUUUCCAGGUCAUCAACCUGAGCUUGACCCUCCACAGCUCAAGAGACAAUAUAAUUCAUUGUUAACUACAUCCAGAGCUGCCUUUGGUGAUCCUAAACCGACACAAAAAUAA